CGAACACGGGAGUGAAGAGCUUGUGACGUUGCACACCUGCUCGCGAGCUUUGUGAUGAGAGUUUCGAGCGAAGAUCGAACAGCGGAGCGAGACCGAUUGUAACUGACAGCCAGCGGCACCGUGUCUCCUGAAUGUGGCGGUGGGCAAUUCGGGUUCAAUGAGCUGCCAUCGCUGAACUUAGACUGGCGGCAGCUAUCCUUUUACUUUCCGAGUGUGUGGUCAAGGUGUUGGAAGGAUAGUGAUGACAUCACGAUUUCGUGUGCUGGGUGGGAGAACAAACCACACACGUGCUUUUGAAAUACCAAGAGACAAGCAUCGGUCAGAGAUCAUCUGUAAUGUCCAGUUCCUUGAUGGAAAUUUGCAGAGCUUCAAAGUUAAUAAACAAGAUGUCGGUCAAGUUCUGUUGGAUAUGGUCUAUAAACACCUGGACUUGAUUGAGAAAGAAUAUUUUGGUUUACAAUUUAUAGAUGACUCAAUAGAGUGUCCUAGGUGGCUUGAACCUAGCAAACCUAUCAGGAAACAGUUUAAAGGAGGUGCAGUAAAUUUCCGAGUGAGAUUUUUUGUAACAGACCCAAAUGCUCUGCAGCAAGAACAGACAAGACACUUAUAUUUUUUACAACUGAAGAAGGACUUUAUUGAUGGAAGGUUACCUUGUCCUCACAAUAAAGCAGCCUUACUUGCUUCCUAUGCAGUCCAGUCUGAACUUGGAGAAUACAAUCCUUCUGAGCAUCGUCCUGGCUAUAUUGAAAACUUCCAUUUUGUACUUGAUAAAAACCAAGAAUUUCAAACCACUGUGAUGUCCUUGCACAAACAACACAGAGGUCUUAAACAAUCAGAAGCAGAACUUGGUUACCUAAGUAGAGCAAAAACCCUUGAAUUUUAUGGCGUGGAAUUGCACAAUGCAAGGGAUCAAGGCAAUUUAGAGAUAAAGAUUGGGAUAUCCUCUGAAGGACUACGUGUCUAUCGAAAUAUGGCUCGAAUCAGUUUUUAUCCCUGGGUAAAUAUAACAAAGAUUUCUUUCAAGAGGAAACGUUUCUUCAUUCAGUUAAGGGAAAAAUCUAAUGAAUCUCAAGAGAGUGUUAUUGGAUUUAAUAUGCUUAAUUAUAGAGCAUGUAAAGUUCUUUGGAAAUCAUGUGUAGACCAUCACACGUUCUUUCAAGCAAAGAAGCCACUACCUCGAGAGAAAAAAAUACUCUCAAACUAUUUUACACUAGGCCACAGAAACCAGAACAGGGCUAUUAACAAUCAAUUCUGUCAUCGUGUCAUUGGUGGCAUGGUCUGGAAUCCAAGGUUAAGAAAGUCUGUAUCACUUGAACAGCUGGAAACCAGAAGUCUACCUUCACGCUCUCCACCAUCCACACCUGAUUGGCCAAGUCCAAGAUUGAGACAUGAUGCUCAAAAGCCAAGACAUUCUUCUGUAGAUAACCUUGCCACUGAGAUGGCAUAUAUCACAGAGAGUGAAGAAGUGUUUUAUAACUACAAGGCAAACAUUCCAGCUUUUGAAAAUAAAAAGGAUAAGGAGGCCUGUCCAAAGCAUGCAUCACACAGCUGGUCAGAAGAACAACAGUUACCAAAGAUAGUUGCAGGGGAUGAAAUGCAACAGCAGUUCUCGCACUGCAUCAAAAGACAGCGACGAUCAUUGGUACAUUCAGUGAAUGGUGUAGAAACUAUUAUACCAUGUGAUGAUCACGUAUCUGUGUCUCACCCACUGGACGGUGUUGACUUGCAGUUUCUUGAGACUCAUGGCUUUAAAGCACAGAGAACAAACAUGGAUGAAACAAACCCCUGCCAAUACUACUGUGAUGACAAGACUGAUCUGGUAAACACUGAUAAUGGCUUUCUUUGCGUUCGCAUGAUACCCGAUGAAGAAGGAAAGUUUGGUUUCAAUUUAAAGGGUGGAGUUGAUCAGAAAAUGCCCCUCAUUGUUUCAAGAGUAAGCCCAGGAUCACCAGCUGACGUGUGUGUGCCAAAACUGAAUGAAGGGGAUCAGAUUUUGUUGAUUAAUGGCAGAGACAUCUCUGAACAUACUCAUGACCAAGUUGUCAUGUUCAUAAAAGCAAGCAGAGAAUCACACUCCAGAGAACUUGUGCUGUUGGUCAAAAGAAAAGUUACAAGCAGUCAUAAAGAGGACAAAGUGGAAGAGGAAAUAGACUUUCGGUGUUUUCCAAAUAAUUCUAUUCAUUCCUCAUAUCCUGAAUAUGGUGAUUCGUUAGAAGAAUCCAUGAUUCAGCUUCGAAAAGGACUUGAAAGUGGAGCUAUACUUAAUCAGUUUGAUCAACUGUACAGAAAAAGACCUGGAAUGGCUAUCUCACAUGCAAAGAUGGCACAAAAUAUGGACAAAAACAGAUACAAAGAUGUAUUGCCAUAUGAUGUCACGAGGGUUGUAUUGGAUGGAUCGGAAGAUUAUAUUAAUGGCAGCUACGUUAAUAUGGAAAUUUGCAGUACCGCUAUCCAAAAUAAGUACAUAGCAUCCCAAGGUCCACUUCCACAUACCUGUCCGCAUUUUUGGCAAACAGUUUGGGAGCAAAGUUCAUCUUUAAUUGUCAUGUUAACAACCCUUACAGAAAGGGGACGGGUGAAAUGCCACCAGUACUGGCCAGAUCCUCCAGAAGUAUGCAAAUAUGGCAGCUUUCAUGUCACAUGUCACUCAGAAGAAUAUAGCAUUGCCUACGUUUUCCGAGAAAUGACACUUACUAAUUUAGAGACGGGCCUAGAACGUGGUGUCAGUCACCUUCAGUACGUAGCGUGGCCUGAUCACGGUGUUCCUGAUGACUCAAUGGAUUUCUUUGACUUUGUGUCUUAUGUGAGACAGAAAAGAAUCGGAAGAGACAAUGAGCCAGUUAUUGUUCAUUGCAGUGCUGGAAUUGGUCGAACUGGUGUCCUUAUUGCUAUGGAGACAGCAAUGUGUUUAAUUGAAAACAGCCAACCUGUAUACCCGCUGGAUAUUGUUAGAACAAUGCGAGACCAGCGUGCCAUGAUGGUACAGACAUCGAGUCAAUACAAAUUUGUAUGUGAAGCCAUCCUGCGCGUGUAUGAGGAAGGUUUAAUUCGACCGUUGGAAGCAUGCCAGCCUGCAAGUUAGUACCCUUGUUGGAGAAUUUUGACUAAUUUCUACAGAUUGAAACAAAUCUGAAAAUGUAGUGCACAUCUCGGUGCUUGGCCCACUCUACAAAUCUAAAGGAAACCCAUUUGAUGAUCGAGCACAUCUGAUGACUGACACUUUACACCGAUGUUUAAAAAAGGAAUUUAUUUGUAAAUCUUUGUUCAAGAGGCACCACGUUUUAUUAACUGUUCUGUUUCAAGUUGUUAAUUUUGUCAUUCCAACACAUCUUUUCGAGAAACUGCUGAGGACCGGGGUACCUUUGAAAUUAAAAAGGUUGAUGGCAGUUAAAAUUUAGUCCAUGACACACUAACACAACAAAUAGCAAUGAGCUUAUUUAUAGCCCAGUGGACACAGUUUAAUGGUUCUGAUUAAUGCUGCUAAUAUUUUUUUCUCAUUUAAUCACCUAAUGGUUAUUGGUUAAAAACCGUUAACUUCUGAUUAUUUAGGACUAUUUAUUACUUAAAUAUCAUCUCAUUCACAGGUUAUAAACAUCUCUAUUCCAUGAAAUUAGAAUAGCUUUGAACUGGAAAGCUCUCCAGCUUUCUAGUAACUACACUGUAGGACAAUACAGUUUAACUGUAACACACAGGCUCAAUGUGUGAAUGUUUGUGUGCACAGUUGGUGAAGUCACAUGUUUGACCCUUCUGAUUAGAUUAAAAGUUAAUGAAAUUUUCAUACAUUUUAAGUAAGGGUAAUCAAGAAGUGCAACAGAAAUGCUGCAGUACAAGUGAUCCUUUAUUGAGCGUCAUGCAAAGAAAGGGUGACCUGGUAUUUGCUUUAGUAGAGGUCCAAAUUUUGAACCCCAGAUUUCACUUAGUGUUCAGACCUGUCUGUCCUCAGAGGACGUUAUAUUUUUUGAACUAGUUCUUAGAAAGGCCAUAGAAUGGAGCUCUGUUUACGUUCAGACAGGGAAAGUGUCAUGGAAUCAGUCCCCAACAAUCUCACAGAAUUAGUGCAAAUCCAAAAAGUCGGGGACUUCUGGCAAAAGGAACGAACAAUUAAAUAAAAGAUAGUUCAAAUUGCCAAAUAUCAGAAUGUUAGGUUAUUCAGGCUGAAUCAAAUAUUUUAUAUAUUGUAUUUUUGAAUAUUUAAAAUGUGGAUACAGUAAGCUAUGGUAAAUUGAUAAUUUGGAAUAAUCUAAAUGGUCCAUUUCCCACUGCUGCAGAGAGAGGCACUAACCUGGCGUGUCUUUUCUGUGGUAUUUGUCAAGUGUUUUUAGUUUAUAGAGUACACUACAAUCUGAUAGGAUCGAGAAUAGCUUAAUUCAGUGCAACAUAGUUUUACUAGGCAGUAUGUUGCGCUGAAUUCUUUGUGGUACCGCAAGAAAACAAUUUCCGAUUUUGAAGAUUUUCACCUAUGUGCUUUAAUUGACUACAACUUCACUUUACAUUCAUAUUUAGUUGAAUUUGUAACUAGGUUCCCCAUGUGAUGAAUUGCUUUAGCUCACAGCAGUUCUGUUGAAGCUGUAUUGUUAAGAUGUGAGUUUGUCAGAUUCAAGUCGCACUUUCUUGCAGCCAGUCAGACAGAAAUUCGCAGACAUGUUAAAUGUUUCUGGCCAGGCCUAGCAUCUCUUCCUCAACCAAAGAAGGAAGAGAUGUGUUAAAUGGAUGGGAUGCAGAAGAUUUUAUUAUAAUUCAUACCACAAUGAAAUAGUUCCAUGGAACACUUUUUAUAUGGUUAGUAAAGGAAAAGCAGUUGUUCUUUUAUUGUUUCAGCAAUUUUAAAAUUCCAUAGUUUUAUUAUUGCAUUGUAAUUACUAUACAAAGUAAUAGAAUAAAGCAGUAUUGUUAUGAAAGUAUGAUCUUCACAGUAGAAUUAGUGCCAAUUGAAACAAUUUUUUGACAUGUCAAACAAAUAACUGGUCUACGUACAGAGGUGUAACUGAAGAUGUGCUGUAUUGAGUAACUUUUCACAUAAAUUGACAUCCACUCGCAUCUCAUCAUUUACAUUCUGAAAGAACCAAAGUCCUGUACUGUUCAGUACUGUCCCACCUGUCCAAAGUCCUAUGCCAAGUGUUUGUAAUUUGGAGAAAAACAGCUUUGUGCGAUACCGUUCUUGUGAAUUUGCUCUGGGUAUAGGUCAUUGGGGAUAGUAAAGGUGUAUUACUCUGCAGGAGUCACUCACUUGCUGUUGUACACCCUUAUCUAAACCACUUUUGCUUCAGUUUGUGUUAUUUACUUGCACAUUUUAAAAAACUUAAAAAGCAGAUGUAAAAUUGCUGCUGUUAUAUUUUAGGAUGGUCCUUGUAAAUUGUGCAGCAUGUUUAUUUUGUAAUACAUAACCUUGUCGAUUCCAACAUUGUCAUUAGUCCUUAAGCUGCAGCUGUGGUGAAAUUUCCUCUACAAGCCUGUCUGAAAUGUGGUGUAAUAGCAAUGCUAACCGGAAACCAAUUGGACAAUGUGAUUUACUGCCAUUUGACUGCACCAACCUGAUUUUACCAUUUCUCUCCUUUUCAGGAUCAUUGCUUGUCCGUCUUUCCCCUGCCACUGUCUGGGACUACCAGGUGUGCCAUAAUGGCAGACCAGUGGCAUCAGUAGGAAUAACUUCAGAUGCUCCCAAUUGGGAGAGAGAGAACUGAGCUUUUGCUCGGCUAAUUAGGGGCUUUAAUCUCCACCGAGGGCUGUAAUUGGUUAACCAGUGCCAUCUUUAAGAAUCUCUGGUCUGUUUAAUGCACCAGUAGAAUCUGUGCUUACAGGGGAUCCUAUUGAGCAGCUGCCAUGAAUUCUUUCACAACAACAAGAAAUUGAUCCUGGGUUGUGGUAGCAGGUGGAAUUCGCACCUUGAGUCUUUAGAUAUAGGAUGAGAAAAACUCAGCUGGUAGUUUUUGAUUCUGUGAUUCAUUCCGAAGGCAAAUAGUUUUCUAGAUUCUGCAUUCCAUUUCACAUUUCUAUGGUCCAUAAUUCCUGAUAUUGUAGUGAGUUUUUAAUAUGUCCUUGCCAUGAAUGUAAUAUCCUUCCUAUAAUGGUGUGGCCAGAGCUGCAAAUAAUAGUUCAGAUUUGGGAGAGAAAGGAAAAGGUCAGGACUAGGUGUUUUCUCUAUCAUUCCCUAAGCUUAUGGCUGAUUUGUACGUCACCUCUCAUAUCCUUUGACAUCCUUGACUGACAAGAAUACAUCCAUAUAUCUCGGUCUUGAAAAUUUCAGUUGAUCCUGUACCAUCGGUUUUCUGGAGGACAGAUGUCUACCACCUUCACAUGAUUAAAGGAUUUCCUUAUUUUACUCCUAACUCUAGUUUUAACAUUAUACUCAUUUAUUGUCACUUCCUACACCAAAGAAAUAGUUUCUGUAUGUAACCUAUGAAAUCUCUUUACUAAUUUUAAGACAUCAAUUAGAUUGUCAUUCAACCUGCUCAAAUGAAGGGAAGACAAAUUAAGUGUUGUACCUGUACUCAGAAUUGAAUCACUUAACCCUUGUUACAUUCUGGUGAAUCCAGUGAGAAUAAUUUAUAUACACUGAACAAACGCGAGUCUCGACUCCAUACUGGUUCUGACCAAGCUUUUAUACGUUUGAAAUAUUGCUUCCUCAACUGCUUUAUUCAAGCCUGUGAUAAAGGCCAAUGUUAUGUUAGCCGUUUUGAUUCCUUGUUUUGUAUUUAUUGCUCCUACGAAUAAAGCCCCAGCUUCUAUUUGUCUUU